CAACAAGUUUUGACGGUGUCGGUGAUCUCCCUCUUCCUCCCAAUUUAACCUUAUUUUUUAAAAUAAAAUUGAAUAAAAUCUUUCUGAAUUUUGUUUUAUUUCCUUCUUUCGAUCCAAUUUUUCUGGAGCUUGAUCUGUCCUCUUCGUUUUCGAUCUCCAAGAAUCCGGUUUAGAUCGGAUUCAGAUGGCGGCGACGAGACGGUUGCGCGACCUCCAAUCUCAACCAGGGAACAAGAUCUGCGUCGACUGUGCCCAAAAGAAUCCGCAAUGGGCUUCCGUCUCCUAUGGCAUCUUCAUGUGUUUGGAGUGCUCCGGCAAGCACCGUGGUCUCGGCGUCCAUAUUUCUUUCGUCAGAUCUGUUACCAUGGACUCCUGGUCCGAGAUCCAGAUUAAGAAGAUGGAAGCUGGUGGUAAUGAAAAGCUUAACGCCUUUCUCGCCCAGUAUGGCAUUCCCAAGGAAACCGAUAUCGUCGCCAAGUACAAUACUAAUGCUGCUAGUGUUUAUCGGGAUCGGAUCCAGGCCCUUGCCGAGGGCCGUCCCUGGCGGGACCCGCCCGUUGUUAAGGAAACGCUCGGCGGUUCUAAUAAAAAGCCUCCGUUGAGCAGUGGAGGAGCAAAGAGCGGUGGUUCUGUGAGCGGUGGUGGAUGGGAUAGUUGGGAUAAUGACGAUUCGUUUAGAUCUUCUGCUGAUUUGAGGAGGAAUCAAUCUACUAGCGAUUUUAGAGGCGGCAAUAAUGGUGGCGGUAUGGGAGGUGUGCCGGUCAGAUCGCGGUCGACAGAGGAUAUCUACACCCGCUCACAAUUGGAGGCUUCUGCUGCGAACAAAGAGGGCUUUUUCGCCAGGAAGAUUCAAGAGAAUGAGUCGAGACCUGAAGGGAUCCCGCCCUCUCAAGGUGGGAAAUAUGUCGGGUUUGGAUCAAGUCCUGCGCCUUCCCAAAGGAAUAAUCAUAAUUCACAGGGAGAUGUGCUCUCUGUUGUGUCUCAGGGGAUUGGAAAGUUAUCCUUGGUUGCUGCAUCUGCUGCACAAUCUGCAGCUACUGCUGUUCAAGCGGGCACAAGGGAGAUUUCUACUAAGGUUAAGGAAGGUGGCUAUGACUACAAGGUUAACGAAACUGUCAAUGUUGUCACUGCAAAGACAACAGAAAUUGGUCAGAAGACAUGGGGGAUCAUGAAAGGGGUCAUGACACUUGCCAGCCAGAAGGUUGAGGAGUACACUAAAGAUGGCAUGAACUGGAAGAAUGAUAAUUGGCAACCUGAGAAUGAGAAGAAUGGUUAUUAUCAAGAGUUCAAUAAACAGGAGAAUAAUAGAGGAUGGAAUUCUACUUCUGGGGAGCAGUCCAUUACCAGUGGCAAUUACUCUUCUAGAGGGAAUAACAACUCUUAUGGCUCGAGUUCUUGGGAUGAUUGGGACACUAAAGACAAUAGAAAAGAAGAUACCAAAAAGGGUAGUGGGAACUACACUUCUAGUGGGAAUAGCAACUCUUAUGGCUCAAGUUCUUGGGAUGAUUGGGAGACUAAGGACAACAGAAAAGAAGAUAUCAAUAAGGGUCGUGGGAGCUAUGCUUCUAGUGGGAAUAACAACUCUUAUAGCUCAAGUUCAUGGGAUGAUUGGGACCUUAAAGACAAUAGAAAGGGAGAUUCUAUAAAGGGAACUGUUUCCCAUAGCAAUGAUGGUUGGGCUGGAUGGGAUGAUGCCAAGGACGAUGGAUAUGGUAACUUCUACCAAAGUCCACCUGAUAAGAAAGCUGUUGGUCACAAUGGGAAAUCAGAUUCAACAUGGACGGGUGGAGGCUUUCUCUAAGGUUGAAUGUUAUCACCGUCAUCAGAGCCUGGGAUUAUACACAAAUGGUAUUUAGUAGCCACAAAUGGCAGCUUACUUGCUGGGUAAUGCCAAGCUUGAGGGGUGAAACAAUUUUUACCAGUGUGGGUGAUCAGAGAAUCGGGAUCUCAGAUAGAGGGAAGGUUGUUUUUGUGGAGGUCAGAAACUCUUUUUCCUUUUUAUCUUAAAAUUUUUUAUGUAAUUUCUUGGGAAAGGUCUGAUGUGUUUGAUGAUAGUAUAUUUGUAAAACUUUGAACAUAGAGGGCUAAUUGCCUAUUGAAAAGAAAUCUGUUUGUGAUUGUGGAGAACAUGAUCGGUGACUUGGAAAAAAAAAAAUCAAUUUUA